AUGGUCGUCGCCCACCUCUUGAACUUUUUUUCAAUCAGAAUAAAGGUUCAGCUUGACGCGCCUCCCUCCUUCUGUUUACCAUCUCUUCUUUACCAGCUUCCAGGUGCAAAAUCAUGCCCUCCUCGACGAAGCUGUAGUCUCAACAGCACAAGGUACGUUCGAAUUCUCACUGCACCCGGCUUCGUCUCUCUUUGGAAUGAUGAAAACAAUUUGCGAUUGAUUUCACUCGGUGGCCCUCUUUCGCCGGAGCGGCUAUAUCGUUUGAAUAUAUGAUAUUCAAUUUCUUACAUAUUCUGACCUCCAAUUGACAUAACCCUUCUUGUUUGAUAUCAAUCAGGAUGCACGUUGCUGACUUUGCAUCCAGGUAUUCGUAUAGUUCUUAGUAUCAUGCCAAUAAACAUCUUAUUUAUUUCUCAUGCGAAUCAUAUCUGCGUAUUGCUGCACGUGAGCUUUGAGUGCCUGGCUUCCCGCUGCAAUUGUCGUCGUCCUUGUGUCAAUUAAUACAUCCGAGAGACUGUGCCUGUCCUACAAAU